AGGGCUGGGAGGAGUUUUAUUAUUUUCCGUAUUCAUGACAUAUGUGCAGCUCCGGUCUGUCCGCUCCAAACACACACAGGUGUACCCAAUAACUCACUAAUUAACGCUGCUACAUGAACAGCUGUUCAUGAGCCAGAAAAGUGGAAUAAUCAUUCCUAAGCUACUUGUUACAGCAGCUUCACGCACUAAAUAUCAUUACUUUACACCGUUUCCAAAAUGUCUAACGAUGUAACCAAAAAGAAGGGGAAAAGUUCGAGUGAGAAGAAGGCGAAAAGAAAAGCCAAACGAAGAGAGACUUACGCCAUGUACAUCUAUAAGGUUUUGAAACAGGUUCAUCCGGACACGGGGAUUUCUAGCAGAGCCAUGAGCAUCAUGAACUCCUUCGUGAAUGACCUGUUUGAGAGGAUUGCCACGGAGGCGUCCCGGUUGGCUCAGUACAAUAAACGCUCCACCAUCACCAGCAGGGAGGUGCAAACCGCAGUGAGGCUGCUGCUGCCCGGGGAGCUGGCGAAACACGCCGUGUCUGAAGGCACCAAGGCUGUCACCAAGUACACCAGCUCCAAGUGAAGACUUCCCACAAACUCCCAGUUUAUAAGAAAAGGGGUUUAAAGCCUUUGCAUCAGUUAAUUUGUAAGCUGGUUGAUUUCAAUAAACGCACAAAAGCUGAC